GACAUAAAUCCAGUGCACGCAGCUGGCUCUUUAGCAGGGACCUACAUCCCCCCCACACUUCAAAGGCUUCCGCCCCUCUGGUACCCUCCUCUUCCUCCUCCACCUCUUCUCCAUCCAUUCCUCCGUUCAUCUCCCGAUCUCUGCGAGCAUGGAUGAUCCGAAAUGAAGGCGAGGAGGCGCAGCAAGAGAGCAUCGAAAUAACCGAGACAGGAGGAGACGGGAGGUGCCGCAGCCAGGCGUAGAGCAGAAUGCCGCUGGUGAAGAGGAACAUCGAACCUCGGCACUUGUGCCGUGGGGCCCUGCCAGAUGGGGUGACCAGUGAACUGGAGUGCGUCACCAACAGCACACUGGCGGCCAUCAUCAAACAGCUGGGCAGCCUGAGUCGCCAUGCUGAAGACAUUUUUGGAGAACUGUUCAAUGAAGCCAACAGCUUCUACCUGCGGAUGAGCAGCCUGCAGGAGAGAGUGGACCUGCUGGCCGUGAAAGUCACUCAGCUCGACUCCACUGUGGAGGAAGUCUCCCUGCAGGACAUCAAUAUGAGAAAAGCUUUUAAGAGUAGUACCAUUCAAGACCAGCAGGUGGUUUCCAGGACUUCUGUUCCCAACCCUGUGGUGGAGAUGUAUCACCGCUGUGACAAGCCUCCACCGCUCAACAUCCUCAGCCCUUAUAGGGAUGACAAGAAGGAUGCGCUGAAGUUCUACACCGAUCCGUCCUACUUCUUCAACCUGUGGAAGGAGAAAAUGCUGCAGGCCACUGAAGACAAACGCAAAGAGAAGAGGAGACAGAAGGGCUGUCCGGCCCACCCUGACAGGCCCCACUCCCGACAGGCCCCACCCAGGAGCCCCCUGUCCAUCUCUGAGCAGCAGAGGCAGGUGGAAGACCCAAGCAGAGAGGUCAAGAAGGUGCGUAAGGCUCGUAACAGGCGUCAGGAAUGGAACGUCCUCGCCUACGACAAAGAGUUCAGACCCGAUGCCAGGCUCACCCCCUCCCCUUACCACGGCAUGUCCUCUGAAGGAUCCCUGUCCCCAGACAGCAGAUCAAUGGCGUCCGAUUCCUACCCAGCAAGUCCUAACCACCCGGUUACCCAGGCCCCGAGCGCCCCCCAUCCCACUGACCACCAUGCCAGGGAUCACCUAGCCACCCCCCAGACACAGUCGCUUGACCGUGUCCUGAGGCCUGCCAACCAGCCCCCCGGAGCUGCGGGAGCCGGACCUCCAGGUCGACAUGUCGCCUCACUAGGCAGGACCCCAUCAGCACAUGGCGUCCAGGCUGGAGGAGAUCCAACAGUCAAUGGCCCGAGGCAGCAGUCGAUCAAGGACUACCGAGCUGGGCACGGUGGGCAGCCUUCCACCAUCCCAGAGUACUACAUUCCCCCGGCCCCUCCCCCACCCCCACCCACCAUCCCUUCCGCCCAGACCGCCUUCGACGCCGCCACCGCUCCGACGUCCGCUGGCGCCUCCACCGUCCCCCCCACCUCUUCUGCCCUCUCCUGCCACUACUCCCCCUCUCCUCCUCCUCCCCCGGCCAACUACGUUCCCUCACCCGCCCACCCACCUUCAGGCGCACCCCCAGCCGCCCCUCCACCCCCACCCCCCGGAGUCCCAGCGGGACACCAGGCUCACCCUUCCCCGGCGCACACUGCCGUUGGCCAAGCAGCCGUGGAUUCGGCACCGACAAGGAAGUCCACCAUGCUGGGGAUGAUCCCAAUGAGCGACGCCCGCUCCGACCUGCUGGCCGCCAUACGUAGAGGCAUCCAGCUGAGGAAGGUGCAGGAGCAGAGGGAGCAAGAGGCCAAGCGGGAGCCUGUUGGCAACGACGUGGCCACCAUCCUGUCGCGUCGCAUCGCGGUGGAGUACAGCGAAUCCGAUGACGACUCAGAGUUGGAUGAGAACGAGUGGUCUGACUAAAAAAUGAAAGAAGAAAAAAAUGAGAUGGGAGGCUGGACUGGUAGUGCUUACAGAGACCAUUAAGGGAGACAAAUGUUCCAUUGAGUUUGUAAUGAAGGGACCAGAUUUGAAGGUUUGCAUCGUAACUAAGAGGUUAAAUAGAUGAACCAUUUGUUUACACAAAUUGCUGGUUGCGGCUUGCGGAAGGCCGAGCAACGGGUUGAUAUUUUCAGCAUGCAUGGUUGCCCCUCACAACGCCUCUUCUUGAACUUUAGAGCCCAGAGGCUUUUGUGUCAGACCACCUGUGGUGUGAGGCACAACAAACACACCUUCCAUCUCUGCAGCCUACCGCUCAUUUUUAACCACAAACACGAGCUGUGAAAAAAAACAAACCCAUAAACAUUUCCCCACCCACACAUUCAAAGUGGUAAUUAUCAGCAAUAUGUAGGCAGUGCCCCUUGUUAGUAAGGGCUUUUGUGUUUACAGAACACAUGGUAUAGCACAAGAAAGAUUAAUGAUAGUGCAAUUUUUACUUAUCUGCCAAAUGUUCCAGGAGAAUUUGUGAAAACAAUUCAGGAGAAUCAGGGAAAAUGAUAGUUUAUUAGAAAAUGACUGUGCCUGUUUAGGAAACGUGCACAUUCUUGUUAUAAAUGCAAACUUUUGGGAGUUUGGUCCUACUGACCAACGUCCAACUGAAGGAUCCGCACCAACGCUCUUUAGGGGAAGUUGUGCACAUGUUCCUGUUGGAUGUUUAACAUAAGAAAUAACAUUAGCUGCACUGUUGAUUUACAUUCCAUGAAAAUGUUCAUUUAAAACCACACCUAAAUAAGCAAUUCGUAGGUAGGUCAAAUUUUAACGUUUUUUUUUUUGACUCAGUGCUUUCAGAUUUUUUCUAAAUGUUUCCUCAAAAUUACACUUUCUUUUCUCCCAACUUCCCGUUACAUGGCACAGAUCUUUAUGAACUGCCUUUUAGGGGCUAAACAUCGUUGUCCAGUGUGGCUGCUGGACCUCUGUGUCUUCCCCUCAAAAGUGUUACAAAGCUUUUAACAGUCUUCAUAAUACUUUCAAGUCCUCAGACUCAAAGUAUUUCACUUCUUUAAAGCCAUUGUUAUGCAUUGAAAUGCCCUUUUUAAAUCUUUGAAUUACUUCAUCAUAAAUAGCGAGAUAAUUAAAAAUCCUUAUUAUGUUUUUUUUAUAAACCCUUAAUGCUAUUGAACUAUUCUAAAAUUAUACUUAUAAGUUAACAAGGAACUUUAACUUUGUAGACAGUUGCCACAAUAAUUUCUAGAUCAUACUUUUUUAGCAGAGUUCUUUAUCAACUACAUGCAAGUGGCGUAUCUACCACUUUUAUAUAGUUAAUUUAUAUUAAUUUAUAUUGGAAACGAUUUGCUACCAUCUAGUGGUCAUAGUUGUGUCCCAUUUUGUGUAAUCUAGCUAAACAAAAACCACAAAUUCAUACCUAAUUUUAUGUGCUACAUUCACUUGAAAAGAAUCACGUCUUAAGUUCUACUUUUUUCAAGUAAAAACACAUAUUUCUAGUUAUUAAGUGCCACACAAAUUCAGACAAAUGACACUAAGGCUUAGUCUUAAUACCUCUAAUAAGGGUAGACACAAAAUCUAUAGCAGAAGUGUGUGAGUGGACGCCCUAAUGAGUGCUAUCUGAAUAGUGCAGGCAGAGGAAGCAGGAAGUUUCUAACCACUGCUAACAGCUAUACAGUUGCGCAAGAUCCUUUGUGUGACUGACAGUAUAGGCAGAGCCGACCUCGUCAAAUUAAAAAGGUUUUCGUAAUGUGUUCUCUGUGUCACACGUACAAAUAUACCCACCUUCAUAUGUUCUGGGUUUUAUGAAAAGAGCACUGUGCACUACAUUUGUGUAACUUCAGAUUUCAGUACCGGUAGUUCCCUUUCCAGAAAGCUGUAGUCCCAAUUUGAUCAGCAUCAUAUAUGUCUGUAUCCACCACAUCAUGGUGUCUGUAAGGCUGAAGGCUGUCUGGAGCUCCUUUCUUGCCCUGGAUAGAGUUCUUUCUGUUGACCCCAUGAAAGGUGAAGGAUAGGAGCUAUGAACAGGAGGUAGGAGCUAGAAUUAAAACUAUUUGGAUCGAUCCUCAGGUUUUGGCCCUGAUUAACAGCCACAUCACUCAUCCACCUAUCAGCGAUUUCCUAUGCUAAUAUAAAGCUCUGAAAAAAAGUUAUACGACCUCUUUAAGAUUUUGUUUAUAUAUCUAUAUAUUUAAAAUGCAAACAUUUAGUAUUUAUUUUGGAAUUUCAUCAUUACACUGCAAAAAAUUGAAAUCUAAAUAAGUCAUUUUUUCUUGCAAUAAGUGCA